GUUACUGACUCGCCUUGCCACUAUCCGUGGUCCUGAAAGAGGUAGCAUGUGUCAUCUGCGGAAGUGGAGGGGAGAAUUUCCACGCCUCCCCCAGUUUUAUUCGGGUCUUUGCUCUAAGAAGAAAACAAACGGGAGGAGGCGUACUGCAGCAUUUAUUUUAUUACAGAUCACACAAAUUUGACACCGAGUGUUAUAAGGUUUGUGUUAUAAUACACAGGGACGUUUUAAAUCGCCAUUUUCAGCAAAUACCAGGAUAUGAACAGGAUGGACUCCGACUACCCAAGCUUUGAAAACCCUCUAUACAGCGAGCUAAAAUAUUUCUGCAAAAAGAUACAAGAGACAUAUAAAGAAUUAAAAGAAGACCUCACGCCAUACAGAGAUGAUCGAUAUUAUAGGUUGGCUCCCAUGCGGCUGUACACACUCUCCAAGCGUCACUUUGUUCUGGUGUUCGUCGUUUUCUUCCUGUGCUUCGGCCUCACGGUCUUCAUCGGCAUUGCAGGACCUAAGAUCAUUGAGGAAUCAACAUAUAGUGGUACCAAGAUGUUGUUAGCUAACAGCUCUUUACAGACGAGUCCUUUCCAUUUGAGUUCUCCCCCCUUGUCCACAUAUAACCAGCAGCUGUGGCUCACAUGUCUCUUCCAGCUGGACAAAACUAAUGAUGAGACCAUUAUUAAGAAGUUUGAUAUGAACGUGGAAAUCAAGGGCGUCAUGCAUGAUGCUAGCGUGAGGAACGUUACCAAUAAUGUCCAUCACCGCUCCAGGUUACUCAGUUGUGGGUCUAAAUGCGAUGAGAUAAUUGUACUACACCUUGGAUAUCUGAAUUACACACAGUACCAGAUAAACAUCAGUUUCCAUAAUCUCUCUGACCUAAAAUACAAAAUUAAGGAGGUGAACUUCACGUGGAAGAUGUACAACUCAUCAUUUUCACAGGUUGAGAUCUGGUUUCGGUUUGUGUUUGUGGUUUUGACAUUCAUGGUCACAUGCUUGUUUGCGCACUCCUUGCGGAAGUUCUCCAUGAGAGACUGGGGGAUAGAGCAGAAGUGGAUGUCCAUCCUGCUGCCUCUGCUGCUGCUCUAUAACGAUCCGUUCUUCCCCCUCUCGUUCCUGGUUAACAGCUGGUUCCCAGGAAUGCUGGAUGACCUUUUCCAGUCCCUGUUCCUCUGCGCCUUGCUGCUCUUCUGGCUGUGUGUCUACCAUGGGAUCCGGGUUCAGGGAGAGAGAAAAUGUUUAACAUUCUAUAUGCCCAAGCUGUUUAUCGUGGGCCUCCUGUGGUUGUCUGCAGUGACACUGGGAAUAUGGCAAACAGUAAAUGAAUUGCAUGAUCCAACUUACCAAUACAAAGUAGACACAGGCAAUUUCCAGGGAAUGAAGAUUUUCUUUGUGGUUGUGGCUGCCUUAUACAUUUUGUAUCUGGUCUUUUUGAUUGUGAGAGCCUGUUCCGAAUUGAAAAACAUGCCAUACGUAGAUCUUCGACUGAAGUUUUUGACAGCACUGACAUUUGUCAUUUUGAUAAUAAGCAUCGUGAUACUCUACCUGAGGUUUGGGUCAAAGGUUCUCCAAGAUAACUUUGUUGCUGAGCUGUCAACACACUAUCAAAACUCAGCUGAAUUUUUAUCCUUCUAUGGCUUACUCAACUUCUACCUUUACACGUUAGCGUUUGUCUACUCCCCUUCGAAAAAUGCACUGUACGAUUCCCAGCUGAAGGAUAACCCUGCUUUUUCGAUGCUGAAUGACUCUGAUGAUGAAGUCAUAUAUGGGAGUGACUAUGAAGAAAUGCCUCUCCAAAAUGGGCGAGCCAUUAAAGCCAGCGCCAAGUACCAAGACGACACCGACAGCGACUGAGCUACAUCCUUCUCUGACAUGAAGCGAGGACGUUUAAUUAAAUAAGGGUUAAACUUUGGUAGCGAUCUAAUAACACCUCAGUGUGUAAAUACCGCACGUUUCACUGAAUCUAAUGUAUAUAGACAUAUUUAAAUUGAGGAGUCAAGUGCCAUUGAAUGUAAUUUACUACGCAGCCACACACUGAAGACCGUUGGUCAAAAGAUUUUGCUACCAAACAUUGACUUGAAUGGCAAAAAGAAACCAGCACCAGUGGUGUAAUGUGUGUUUCCCACUACUUAACAACCCCCCAAGUUAUUUUCUGUAUAGAAAACCUUUUACUUGUGUUGCAGGAAUAGUUUGACAAAGUAGGACAGAAUGUGUGAGAAUCCAACGGAACAGUGAAUGAAAUGGUUUUAGAUGUAAAAUACAAAAUCAGCUUUGGCUUAAAUCUGUAUGUAAAUGGGUGGAGAGAUAUUUUAUUUAGUCUGUGAAACCUGUUGUAAUGGUUAGUGGUCUCUUGAAAUGUGCCACUUCUGCUUGCUUCAGCCUGCCAGUCCCUUCACAGCUCUAAGAGGGGUUCUGUUGGUGAGAGCUCUUGUACAAUACAUGAAACUGUUUACAAUGUUUUUUUGCAUCAUCAUUCCAUCCAGCUUUAGUAUUGCACUUUGUUUUUGAGUUAAAUGUUUAAAGUCUACAAGGUAUAUAAAAGUUUUACAAGGUGACCUAUUAAAAUAAGGUGUGCAACUGUUCUGCUUCAUAAGAGAAUGUAUUUUCUUUAAUGAUAAUGACUUUUUUUGUACAUGGUAAAUGAGGUUUUGACUCUGUUGUCUUACAUCAUAUUCUUUGAUUGUUACUGUUAUUUGUUUUUUAAUAUAGAAAACCCAGUGCUACUGUAUAAAUACAGUUGAGGAGUUGAUGCUGAAACGCUAGAGGGAUCAAGAUGAGUUUGACUCACUGACACAUUCAUGCAAAGUAAUGAGUCUUUAAAAUAGAAGAAUCAGUAUUUAUAAAACAUUAUUAAAAAUAAAAGGAAUUUUAGUUUACCUUCUAUUGGCCCCUAUUUCCAUUGUCAAAUGAAAUGCAUUAAGUUUGCAUUCUGAAGUUUUCAGAAAGACUAAAGACGCAUUAUAACUUCAAAUUUGGAUAAGAAGGAGAAAUUAAUAUGAAAGCUUUACCUCGAAAUUUAAUAUGGUUUAAUAAAAGCUAAGUGCUUUUUUAAAAUGAUCAUCAGUGUCUUGCAUCCAUUUAAAAAAUAUUUAAGGCACUUUAUAAAUGUAGCGUUAGCUCUUUAAGUGGUGUAUUGGAAUCUGGUAAAAUGGAAAUCUAAAAAGAACAUUAAUUGCAAUGUUACACAUUAGUAACCUUUGACCUCAAUUAAUUUUUCUGUGUUUUUUUUUCAUAUUUAAUUAAGUAAAAAUGAGUAAACCUUUGUGGGUAAAAUACAGGAACUUCCAAACACCACAAGACAUAAAUGCUUUAAAAGAUAAAUUACACUUUACUAUAAAGUCUACUUUGAUCUAAUAUGGUGACUUAUUACAAGAUGCUACUUUAAUGUACAACUAAUUUCCAAAAAACGUCUGAAUUGUGCACUGUAUAAUAUAGAUGAAUCCUAAAAUCUUGAUUUAAACUGUUAAUCUCUACUCAAUAUGCAUCUGUAACAGGUACUCUACACUACAUAAAAAAGGAGAGUAUCAUCCAUGUAUGUCAUGGAUCUAAACUGUUAGGCUUUGAAGCAGAUCUUAACUGUAAUCAACAAAAAUGGAGGAGGUUAUAUAUUGGUUGCUUCCUUAAAAUGUUAAUUUGUGCCUUGCAUUCAACUUACCACACAAUAUAAAGUAAUCAUAUUUUACCAUAAAUUCCUAAUAAGAUGGUGCCAAACGCUUGAUGUUUAAAACUACAAACGCUAAUGAAAAUCUUUUGUUUUGAAAAUGUAUGCCGUUUGUUAGAUAUUGGUGGUUUGAAUGUAGCAACACUGUAAUAUAUUUUAGACAAAAGACUGCAGGCUAACUCAAUGUGUACCUGCAUUAUACCUCUAAGAAGUAGGUAAAGGUGUUCUUUUUGGGAAAUGUUUUGUUCUUGGGGGGGGGGACAUUCAAAUAAGGAAGAUGCCCUCAUUGGCACUGACAAGUGUAGAAUUGUUUUGAACAGCUGUCUGUAAUCCAUUGAUAGCUCUGGAACAAAUCACUGUAAAUACAGUAUAAACCAUGCUUCUGUUCAAGAUACAAAUCCAUUAAAAAAAACUUUUUAAAAACA